AUGGUUAAGAAUCCAGAAGCUGACAAGGUUGUUAGAACAGUAUCCAUGGUGGCAGCUAUAACUGCUUCUUAUUUCCUCUUAACUGCUGAUUAUGAUUAUGGUCCUCAAUCCAAUGUUCUUGAGCCUGUUAAGAAGGGAAUACUUUCAGCAGAAAGUACCGUGAAAGAGUACCUUUUUGGAUCCAAGAAAGAAUCUCAAGAUAAUCAAAUAGAGAAAUUGGACAGCAACAAGGAGCAUCCAUAA